AUGGCAUCCCAGCCUCCGAAUGAGCGUCCGGAACAGCGAAUCACCCAUCACACUCUUACCUCCACCUCCGGCGACUCCACCGUCUUGUCUCAACUCGUCGAUCUCUCUAACGCCAUCUUCGACGAGUCCUCUACACCGGCCUUCGAGGCAGCCACCAAAAUCACAAAUGACCUCUCAACUUGGCAAACCAAGUUCUCAAGUCCGGGCGCCGUAAUUCUUUACGCCACCAUCCCGUCUUCUGAUGACUCGUCCUCGCAGCCGCGACCAGCAGCAUACCUCUUCGCCGUCCCACGCGCACAUCCUGAACUGCCGUACACGACAAUGCACAUUUCCCUGGCAGGUGUAUCACCUUUGCUGCGAGGUACGGGUGUGUGGAAGGUUCUGGUCGAUCGACUUAUCGAACAAAUGCGGAGUCGGGAAUGGAAGACCAGGGAAUGUGAGCCGGGAGUGUUGACGAUCUGUACAUUCCCGAGUAGGUUUGUGAGGAUGUUUGAAGUGUUGGGGAAGAACGGAUGGGAGGUUGUAGGAUGGAGAAUGGAGGGACAGCAAGUUUUGAUGAAGUUGGUGGUUUGA